GCGAUACUCUGCAGGGCAUUUCCGGUGGGGAAUGUCGGGAAGUGUAGUUUUUUUCUUUUUGUGUGUCUGUAUUGCAGCAGAGUCACUUCCUGGUCGGAUUGUAAACAGAGGGCUGAGUGCUGCUUGUUUCGGUCAGUAUAACCUCAGCCAUUAUAAUAUUAUGGCAAUACCUGGACACAGUGCAUGUUAAUACCGGUUGUGAUCAGUCCAUCAGCUUAUAAGGUAUCAUGGGAAGCUGUGCUAUGGCUGUGACUGUGAGCAGGGAUUUAUUCUCAAUAACCUGGGCUGGUGAAUUAUCAAACCUUAACAUUGGUCAACCAGUAGAGCCCCCUUCUCCCACCACUGGUGGUAGGCAAAGCAUAAUGGGAAUUGUAGUCCAUCUGUAGCUGGGGGUUGGGGGUCAUGUCUAUUAUUAGGUCCCCCUUACCUGUUCUAAAAGUUAACAACUAGAUCCCCCUUCUCCCCUAUGUGGUGGUAGCCAAAGCAUCAUGGGAGUUGUAGUCCAUCUGUAGCUGGGGGUUGGAGUUAUGUCUAUUAUUAGGUCCCCCCUACCUGUUCUAAAACAUCACAUUACAAGUUAUCAACAACUAGAUCCCCCUUCUCCCCUAUGUGGUGGUAGGCAAAGCAUCAUUGGAAUUGUAGUCCAUCUGUAGCUGGGGGUUGGGGGUCAUGUCUAUUAUUAGGUCCUCCUUACCUGUUCUAAAAGUUAACAACUAGAUCCCCCUUCUCCCCUAUGUGGUGGUAGCCAAAGCAUCAUGGGAGUUGUAGUCCAUCUGUAGCUGGGGGUUGGAGUUAUGUCUAUUAUUAGGUCCCCCCCUACCUGUUCUAAAACAUCACAUUACAAGUUAUCAACAACUAGAUCCCCCUUCUCCCCUAUGUGGUGGUAGGCAAAGCAUCAUGGGAAUUGUAGUCCAUCUGUAGCUGGGGGUUGGGGGUCAUGUCUAUUAUUAGGUCCUCCUUACCUGUUCUAAAAGUUAACAACUAGAUCCCCCUUCUCCCCUAUGUGGUGGUAGCCAAAGCAUCAUGGGAGUUGUAGUCCAUCUGUAGCUGGGGGUUGGAGUCAUGUUGACUAUUAGGUCCCCACCCCCACACCUGUUCUAAAACAUCACAUUACAAGUUAUCAACAUUUAGAUACCCCUCACCCUAUCACCCCACUGGUGGUAGCCAAAGCAUCAUGGGAAUUGAAGUCCAUCUGUAGCUGGGGGUUGGAGUCAUGUCAAAUAUUAGGUCACCCCCCUGUUCUAAUAUGUCACAUUACAAGGCAGGGACACGGUGAUGCAGAUGCAGUUCAGUUUUCAAAUUCCCAAUUUGCACCAAUUGAAUUACUGGGACAAUUUUUUUCUUUUGAGGAGAAAAUAUCUGCCUACAACUGCAGUCUACCUCCAUCAUGGCAUAAUGUGUUUAAAAGGAGAUCUAUUUAAUAAUGGCUAUUCUGAGUCUUUUUCUAUUGCCCAUAUCAGCACAAAUUUCUACCAGAUUUAGUAGUUGCUUUUUUGUGUGUGUGUGUGUGUGUUUAAUUUUAAUUGGGGAUUACACACCAUGUUCAUCAGACACCCAGUAUUUUUCCAUUCUAUGAAUCUCCUGGCUACAGCUUUUCCAAGGUUUUGGAGAGCCUUUAGUGUCAGUUACUGUCUUCAUCCCCAGAGAUGCUUUGAUGAAGUAACACUAUCUGCGUCACCAUAGUGAUCAACGUAAAACUUUGAUGCUAUUUCUUUUUUUUUUUCUUUUUUUUUAUUCUUUAUUUUUGUUGUGCGUAAGUUUAUAACAAUUGCUUGUGAGGUACCCCAACGGCAAUCCUCUAGCACAUUUCAAACAUUGUAACGUGAAGGUACAGGAAAAUUCUAGCACAGGUUUUUAUAUAUAUAUAUAUAUAUAUAUAUAUAUAUAUAUAUAUAUGUGUGGUUAAGUCGAGUAUUAAACAACAUGUGUUGUAGUAGCUUAGUCUCUUCUAUGACAUAAUAGCAACAAUGCGUAAUAGUAUGGUUAGGGUGUGAAUUGACAUAAGCCUACAUACAUUUAUACAGUCUAAUAGGUGUACGUACAGGCAAGCCCUCAUUUUCUCUAUAGACUUUAAACAGGCUGGGGUUGCUAUAUUAUUCCACGCCAACUAGUAAAAUAGUGCCUAUUAGUUGAGCAUUUACAUAGUAAUAGUUAACGAUCUAACACAUGCUUAACUUGGGUCUAGAUCUAGGUUCUGAGUGGAAUCAAUUGCUUAUCCACAUAGAUUUCGCGUGGAACAUUAAAUGGGUGUCAGGUUUAAGCACCAUCUGAGGCUACCAAGUAAUUUGGCAUAGGUUAGGCAUCUUAUGUUAUUCAGGGUAAACUCGAUGGUUAUACAGGCAGCUCUAACUAGAUAUAAUAUUAAGUAAAAUAAUAAAGUAGAUUAGUAACAGUGGAGUUUACAUUGAUAUUUGUACUAUUUUUGGUUAGCGUAUGAAGACUUGUUCAACAGAGAUUAAUGGCAGGCACUAGCUGUGAGUCAUAAAAUAUUUGGUAACUAACUGUGCGUUGGUAUGUUAAGAGCAGGUAGCAGUAGCUUGCCAAUAUUGUCUGCCUGGGUAUCAACAGCUGGAAUAUAGCAGUAAGUCCUGAGGGGGGGCACGGGUACCUCGCUCGGGAGCACGUGGCACUGUCAGCCGAUGCCCCAGCUUGGUAGGUCCGUAUCGUCCCUGGGGUUCAUCGGUCGCUGUCCUUGCUGCCUCGCCGUGCAGAGUUCCGCCUGUCUGGUGCGGAUGAGGACAUCCAGGCAGUCACUCAAGGCAGCAGCGGUGAGGAGGGAGUUCUUCCCUUGAUCUAGUACCGGGAUGAGAGUCUUGUCGCUGCAUGCUCGGCAACCUCCUGUUGUCGGCUGUCGUCCAGGCUUGGUCCUCACGCCAGAGUUCCGUCCCAUUAGUGUAGAGCCGCGGUGUCUCGGUUGCGGGAAUUCUCUCCUGCCCCAGAGCUGUGGGAGAGCUGGCGCUCAUAGGCCACGAGCCUGGGAACCUUCAUGGUCCAGGGUCGGCCCUUUCGGGGUGGUGCCGGGAUUUAGAUCGGGUCGCUUGGGUGUUCGUCUUGCCUCUCUCCGCUUGUGUGGCCAGCGCCUCUGGGGGACUCCCCUUCUUGCUCUCAGCUCGGGAGGGCCUACGAUGUGGGGUUUUGAUGCCAGGGUCUGAAAGUUGCCCUGAGGAGGACUCCCAUGCUCCCAUCCGCCAAUUGCUCUUACCCUCAUGGGUGAUGUUUGGCAGGGCCCUGCGGGCUGUAAGCGUGUCUGUAAUUUGGCCCAGAAGCGGUCAAAGAUUAUUGUGAUGGGAUCUUUUGCGUGGUCCCCGGCGUCCUCUGCAUCCGGAGGUCGCUGUCGCUUGUCAGACACUGUCGUGUCGGAGUGAUCCGCCAUCUUGGGCACUCCCGUCCCCUCGCUUCUUAUGGAGAUCUUUAUGUUUGUCUGUUGGUGCAGGGUUCGGGAUAGCCCGCCAGGCGGGGACCGGGAUAACCCCCACCGGUCCAUAGGGGGGGGGGGGGUGUGUGUGUUUUGUACCCGCGUGCCGCAGUUGGAAUCCAGCGGGAAGGCGGCCGUCCUUCCCCCCUACUUCCACUAGGCCUCAUUUUACCGCUGCGGUUCCCGGUCAAGUCAGGCUUCAGGUUAGGUACCGGCAUGUUCGUGGUUGCUUCCCCCAGCUCACAGGCAGGUUUGUGGGGAAUUCGCAGCAGUUAUUCCUCAGAUUUCUGUAGAAUUUGGGCCUACACUGCAGGAGCUCAUGCAAUGUGCGUCUUGUUAGCUUGCCUGUUCGGCUCCGCCCCCCUUGAUGCUAUUUCUAAUGCUGUCUAUUCCUAAAACAUAGCAUAUUAUUUAGUAGAUUGGCCUCAGGCUGAGUGAUAACUGUCAUAGCCAUUUACAAUGAUUACAUUCCAUGGCUAUCUGCAGCGUAGUGUCAUCACAGUGACUGGCUCCCAAAGUGAUCAGGUAACUUGGGAGCCAAUCAAAUUUUAUUCAUGAACUGCCUCACUAAUCGACAAAAACAGCGUUGUUGCAACACCUUUGGAUGUUUUAGUGCACAGUGCCUCUUUUUCACUAAGCGGAUGUGUCUGUGCCCUCUUUAACUGGCAGUGGUGACAGGGUUAUCGUGGAGACUUUAAGGGAGUUUUAGACCAUAAUAGCUAAAUUGGAACAAAUCUCCGAGGCCAAAACAAUUAUGAUUAAUUUGGCCUUUAUUAUAUCUGGAAAAAAUUACAAGUAAAUUAAUGAUCACUGCAAAACAGACACCAAAAGUUAGCAGUGCCAAGGAUAUCCAUUUCUAGUAUUGUACAGAAAAAGAAAAUUGUGUAACAUACAUAGACAAAAGAAGAUUCUCGUGUAUGUCCAGACUGUAGCUUAUAUGAGUGUAAAAACGUAAAAGAAACAUAGGACAAUAUGCAUGAAUUAAGAUGAUGAGUGUGAGAACUACAAAAUAGUGCCUACUCGUGGAUGAAUGAGCUAAACCUAGUUCAUAUAUGCAUGCCUGGGUGUUAUCAUUUCCCCCAGGGAUACAUUUCAGUCCUCUCAGGGUCUGUGUUGUGGUGGAACAUUGUCCCAGGGAAAUAUAGGUAUCCCUAGCCUACUUACACUUUGGGGAGCAAAAGGAACAUUGGUGGUAUAGUCAGGGAAUCUAAACCGGAGAUCAAUGCAUCUUCCACAGCAACAGAUAACAUGCAUUUUUUUAAAUAAUUUGCUAUUCUUCUAAUCCUGACAUUUGACUUAAAGUUUGCAGUCUACUUGUCAGUCCUCCACAUUUUUCUGUGUGGUGUGUUACCUAUGGAUAAACAAGCCAAUACAAUAUUUUUGUUUGCACUUCUCUUAUACAAGCAAUGGGGCAAUAUACAAGGAACAAACAUGUGCCUUUUGCGAUAGAUAUGCUAUCCAUUGCCGUGGAUCCUAUCUAUUUACGUAGUGUUUAUCCACUGGCCAGUUCAUUUCACAGGGGACAUAAACCACUGAAAUGUAAGCUGGGAUGUAUAAAGCGCAUGUCCUUUUACGUAGUGGGUUUGAUGUUCUUUUGAUACUUGGAUGCCUGGUUAUAUUAUAAGGUCUUUAGUGAUGGAGUCACAUGACAUACUGCUUUAGUGUACAGUGUCCUGACUUUGGCAGGGUUAUUCUGUAAAAUAUCAGUGUGAAUUCAAAUUUUAGACAAUAUCCAGAUUUAUUAAAGUUGGCUAUGUUUUCACUUUUGCUUUUUUGGAUUAUAAUGUUCAAUUCCCCAAAAUGUGCUCUUUAUAUAGGAUCCCUGUAAGUUCGACCUUUUUGUUUGCAGUAACACCUUCUGCUGUGUCUUUUAGUCUGAUUGCAUAAGCUUUCAGCAUGAUUUCUCAGGUAUACACCAAAAGAGUGUAGUAAGAUACCGUUCUGUUUAAAGGAAUGUCUGCCAGUAUUGGUUUGUGAGUGCGGGGGGGAGUCACGAAAUGGAAACUUCAUUAGGUUCACAGCCUGAUGUUAUGUUAUGUCUUAGUAGCUAGCGUUGUCGCUGAUUGAUUUUAUUGGUGUCAGACCCUGGAGCCAUGAGAAUGUGUUAGCUGCAGACUCUGAACCUGAUUAUCUAUUGUGUUCUUUUUCUGUGGCCUUGAUCAGUAUUUUGGUUUUCAACGGAGCUCCAUUAAUAAUUUUUUUUCUUUCCCUAGAAAUCCAAGGACCAAGCACUACAUAUCUCUAAUGAUGUCUGAGCUUCACAUCUGUGUUCAACUGGCAGACCAGACCCCAUACCUCAAAUCUGUCGUGCAUCUCCCAGGACAAAGCUCCACCAUGGGACACAAAGUAUCAGCUGUUAAACAGCUCAUAGCGGCCACAAUGCCAGAGUCAUUAUCCAACCCUGAACUGAUUGGUGAGUUGCCUCUUUAUCACAUGACCUUGCUGUGACCUAAACUCUCCCUACUUCAUUGUGCACUCCCUGGCAUAGUUGGUGUAUAUCACAGUGCUUUAGGAGAGUUACUAGGGCUAUUCAAAAUGUUAGAAUAAACUCUCUGCUCUUGUUAAUCCCCUCCAUGUACCUGGUGGAGAAUACAUUGAUAGACCAUUAUGCUAAAACACAUCUUAAUGCAAAUCUCUACCUUCUCUUGCAACCUUCUGCUGUGACUUGUCCACUGAACACUCUUGCAUUAGAAAUCAUUGAAAAGGAUUGUCAUAUACACAUGCAUCCCUAAUCCUACCUUGUGUACACGAAGUCAUAGAAUACUGUUGUAACUAUUAUAGUCUCGACAAUACUUGUAGUGUUCAUUUAAGGUAAUAAUGGACAGUUGGAAAGAGUACCUAGUGUCCAUUCACAUCUUGAUAAUUUAUUUUCAAUAAAUUAUCUAUGGGGGGGGGGGGUGGUGUUUGUAUUUCAUGACCUAAAAAGAGCUGUUUUUUUUUUUCUUUAAUGGUUGGUGGUGAGAGUACAGAAGGAGCUACCAGAAAGGUGACAUUUCCUCUUUAGUAUCUACAAACCAUACUGCCUCAGCUCACAAUGUGCUGUUUCCUCAGCUUUUUUAAACAUCCUCAGUGUACCCGUCGCCGUAUUUGCAUUACAGUCUCUGUAUACUUUUGUAAACAGUGCACCCAGCAAAUUCACACAAUCUGCUCGGCAAAUAGAUCAAUUCCACUGUGCCAUAAAUAGGCAAUCACAUUUCCACAUUGUGCAGUCUACUAUACUGUACAUCCACAUACUGAACAGUAAGGAAGUAUAAAAGAAACAGGUCAAUGUAGUUGUACAGCCUCCUCUUUGUGUUUUCUGCUUUGUACUGUUCCCACAACUGAGCUGUCAUUAACUCAUUGGUAUUUUUUUUAAUGUUCCCACUCAGAUCUCAUACACUGUGGCCGGAGGCUUAGGGAUGAUCAGACUUUAGAAUACUAUGGUGUCCAAUCAGGAAGUACUGUGCAUGUCCUGCGGAGAGCGUGGUCAGAACCGUCACCCAGGCCAGGUAUAUGGCAAUCUCUAUGUUGUAAACAUAAACUGGCUUCCAGGCUAAUCCUUAAGUUAACUUUUUUUUUUGUAUGUACCGAAUACAAAGCUAUAGCCUCUUUACCAGCAACAUUUUCUGAUGUUCCAUUGUAACCUGUGGAUUUGAUUUUAAUAUAUUGUCAAAAUUAAAUUGUGUAGAGCCACUAGAGCUUUUAUCUCCUAUUGUCAUAUGCUAUAUGCCUCUUCACCAAGAAAUUGUAACUUUUACUUUAGUAUUUUUGCCUGAUACUUUUUUUUUUUCUUAGCAAACAUGUUGUAGAAAGUAACAUAAUAUCCAAAUUUCUAAAAAAAAAAAACUCCCACUGUUGAUAAAUAGGGCAGACCCAUAAACCCUGCAUUUCAGGGGGAGGGCUCUGCUUGUUUUAAACGGCUUGAAAACUGUUUGACACAGAACCAGGUGUCAGUGCCAGGUGAAUGCGGGCACUAGAUCCACUACAAUGGGCUACAGUGGUUAUGGCACCUAGAGUGCUCCUUUAAAAGCCUACCAGCGAAGUUGCUUAUUGAGUACGUCUCAGUUAAUCAGGGUCUUUGUUGGUGUUUAGAUUUGUUAAUCAUUUAUGGUUUAUCCCCAUGAAAGAAAACUAAUGAGAGCAGAUGUAUUUCUAGCAUGACCCUUGUUCCCAUUUACGGCAGCUGAGUAGUCAGUCACCCAACCUCUGUGACUCUAAAUUAGGUUUAACCGUUGGUAUUUGCAUAAUUGUGUCAUACCUACUAGUUCCCACCCACAAUAAGUGAUGCUUCUAAACUAGUUACAUAGUAUGAUCAGAUCCUGCUCUUGUAACCUAUUCUUUAUUUCAUUCAGAGCCUGUAGAUAAAAUUGCCGCUGCCCGAGAGUUCCGUGCUCUACACACAGCCCUCCACACAAGCUCGGCCUACCGAGAUGCGGUGAGUAUCCCAUCUACAGCUUGUGUUUAGAUUUAUUUAACUCAAAAGAUCAGUGGAACAGAACACACAAAACAAGCAUAGGUUUAUUUGCUAAACAUUCAAUUGCAGCAGAGAAUUGAAAACUUAAUUGCAAAAUUUAGGUUGAAAUAUUUAGGCUGUGACCAGUUGAGUUGGAAUGUUUUCUCACAUUCAUCCUUUUUGCCCAAAUAUUGCAAUUUAGCUUUUCAUUCAUUACAAUUCUGUUUUUAGAGAAUAAACUGAUAUGUACGAGUAUAUUAUUAUGUGUAAGAUAUAAAAAAAAAUAUAAAUAGUCUAUUCCACCAAGGGGUUUAAACUCUUCAAUAUGAUAAAAUCUACUUCAAAAAAGGAAAAAUAUACAAAAUAUACAAAGUGAAUAAAUGCGCUAUUUACCACCUUAGCAAUAUUUCAUGGACAUUAGAAGUGUAAAACAAGAAAGCUCUACACUAAAAGAAUUUCACAUAAUAUAAGAAUAUACAUUUAUAUCUAUGUGUAGUAACCACUUUUUGUCACUAGGGGUCUUAGUCGUCACAAAUCUUAUAUGUAGACUUAUGCAUAACACUCAGGCAAAGUUAACUGUCACAAAUCCUGUCCUUCUUAUUGAAACAGAAGCCUUUGUUAUGAAGGCUGAAAUUAAGGGGAAUUAUUUGAGAUGUUUAAAGUGGCUUUGUCACCAUUGGGGGCCUUUGCAUAUCUUGGUGUGUGUGGUGACCCUGAGGUGAUGUGAAGGGGAGUUAUACUUUCCUAAUGAUUUCCUCAGCAGAUGCCAUCAUUGAUCUUCACCUCCUGGAGUUUCAUCCUCCAGGAGCCAACAUCAUUGGUGUACUCUCACACAUGCGCAAGAGUACAAUACUGAUGUCUAUGGAGGAUCCUGCGAGCCUCCAUAGAUAUUAUCUUAUAAUGAGCAAGAUAAUGCUUUAUUCCAACAACCGUCGCUUAAUCUCUCGAGGCGUGAAACGCGUUACACUUCCUAGAUGCUGCUCCUUGACACUUAAUCACCAAGUUGAACCCCUGCAGUGUUUAUUUUUUUUUUUUCCAACUGUGUUCAAAUAAAAAUAAACAUACUUAUUUUUCUCAAGCUGUUUUAUGAAUGGAGAGCUAAGAAAUGGCUUAGAGCGUCAGCUGACUCUUUCAGCCAAUCAACAGCGCCCCUAUCCGACAUGACAUGACAAAUACAGUGUUUCUUUGAGAACAAGCAUAAUCUAUACAUAUUCAGCCAGAUUCAGAAAUAAUCAGAAAAAAACUUGUAACUUGCAGUUUGCUGGCUUGAGUUUUAAUUCUGUGCAAAUCUGGAAUGGACAUUGCAUGCACUUUAUAUCAGAUGGUGUGAUACUGUCCAUGCAGAUUAUCCAUUCUGGAUUAUUAAUCUGUAAUUAUGUGAGGGGGGGUUGUGUUUAUUUUAAUACAGAUGUUUUACUCGUUUGAGCAGGGCCUUCUCUAAUUCUUGUCAUAUGCCGUAUGUAAAUUAGUUGUCAAAUAAUAAGUUAUAAUUGUAAAGCUCUGUAGAGUAUGCUGAGGCUAUAUAAAUGAUGAUAAUAUUAAUAAUGCUCUAUUAGUUUUUAUGCCAGUAAUAAAGCAGAACUUGCCCUUGUGUAGUGGCAUUUCCUAAUCAUUACCAGCUGAAGCCACUGGGUGGCAGUAUAAUACUGUUGAAUGUGUUUAAAGAUUAAUUCUUUUUGUAAAUUAAACUUUAUAUGUAUCCGAGUAGUGGCUGGGGCAGUGGUGGCUGGUGGCUUUUCAAGUUGGUGGGGCACCUGACUGGUUACAUGUAUUUGACGCUGUCCCUAAAUGUUUUUAAUCAUGAAUAGGAAUUUGUCUGUAUUACGCUUCUACCUGCAAAAUAUGUGGACAACCCCAUAUAUGGGGAAUAAAGCAUAUAGAUGUAUUCUUCUUAAUGGGUAAAAUAAGUAGUCUAAAAAAAUUCAAAUUGACGUGUAAUACAUAGUUUAGCCACAAGAUGCCGCCAAAUUAUUACAUUUAUUUAUAUUAUUGAGAUGAUGGCAUUUAGCAAGCAGAAGAAAUCACCAACAUGCAUCUGUUUAACUUAUAAGAAUUAUACAUCAUAGUUAUCAUAAGCUGAGCUGGCACAUUGAAAACAGCUCUUUUUAUCAGUAAGUCAUGUAAAUGAAUGACGCGAGAAGAUAAUUUAUUACACAAAAUAAACUGGCAACAAUAAAUGCACUAAAUGCAAGAAAGACGUGAAUAUUUGUAUAAGGUAAAAUAAUUGCCAGCCAUAGCGGUGUUAAAAGGCAUAUUUAGUUACGUAGAUACAGUGCAUUGAAACACAGAAGUAUACCAGUAUACUAAAAUUUGAGUGCACUAAAGAAAAUAUCAACAACGCUCUGCUCUUGACCAUGUUCUGAUUGUGGUCACCCUACACCCAGGCUAGGAAUAAAAGUAAUAGAAGUACAGUAGAGAGACACCAUCCCAUUCAUCAAGAGCCAUUUACACCACCGGUCUCAGGCCUCAGCGAGAGCCUGUAUGCAAUGUCCACUGAUCCGGCUUGCUCCUGUCGCCCAGAUCAGCAUCUCUGAAAGGUAAUGUCAGUUGUUGGCCGUUGUGUUCCAUGCAAGGGAAUGGGUUGCAUCUCGGGAGUUCCCCGUCCCCAUUGCAGGCUCGCAGCCAGAGUAUGUGGUAGUUGGCAAUAGACCUCCAGGAAUUACGAUUGAAACACGACUUGUCUUUCCAGGACUCCCAGAGAGAGUGGGUAUAGAGGCUAUGACCUUUAUAUGAACAAGAUCUUUAGAUGUUCGAGGAAUACUCUGCAGUGACUUAGGUAGGUCAUGAACGAGUUCCUGUGUCUCUGUCAACUGCAGACAUCUGCUUAAUUUCAGCCAAAAUGCAUUGAAUAGUGAGACAGAGCUCCCAUACUCCUACUGAGUAUCUCUGCCCUGUCUGCUUCCUAGCCGCUUUCAGGGACACUGGAAUGUUUCAGCCCCAGUUGCCGAAGCUUGACUGGGGUCUCUCAGGAACUCUUCCACCCGACCAGCCUGUAGCUUUCUCCUUCCAAAUAGGUGUCGUCCCCUCUGCCUGUUCCUCUUCAACUCCUUUCCCAGGCAGGUAUCCACACCUAUCCCAUAAACUGUGAUCAACUACUGCUUUUCCAAAGUCAGCAGGCUGAUAAUGGCCUCUGUCUGAUUUCGGCUUAUUCUACAGUAUGUGGUGAGUGGAAUUCCGGUCAGAGGGUAAUCCAGCAUGUAAUUAAGAUUUAUAGGGAUUUUCCAUUCCUGUGAUCCUUGGUUUAUCAGUUUAUAGGGCUAGAAAAGUCUUGAGAUCAUCCUUAUAAGCUCUCAUUGGUGAAGCCCUCUUCCAGCCUGGUAGGGGUCUGCCUGUUGCUUCUGCUUACAAUGUAGAAACAAGAGGGAUCCCCCCUUCCUCCAGCCGGGAAAUGCAAAUAGUGUAGAUAUGAAUGCAGGUGUAUGUGAAGUCAUUAACUUUAUUUUCUUUAAUUCUAUAAAAACGGGGGUCAAUUGGCCUUGAUCUGUCCCUCAAACAAAGAAAUGGAUGGGUGUCAGAGCCUCAUCCUCGAAACUCUUUUUAGAUUUUCUUUAUUUAAUUAAAUGUGUAAAAAAAAUUUCUCAAUCAUUUUUUGUUAACAGUCGAUUCCAUCUGCCUUAAUUCCCAACUAACCACUGGAUAAGGUAGAGAAAGGCAUAUCCGUAGCUUGGUUCUGGUAAUGUCCUACCAGUUACUGUCCAAUGACCAUACAUGUACAUUCAGUUGUUUAAUGUUGCGACUGAUGCCUAAUGAUUUUAACUGCCUCCAAAACCCCCUAGCUUGUCCAAGGUAAUUUUUGCAGUAUUGGGUUUGUGAGCCAUGAAUGUGUACCAAGAUUGUAAAACCUUGAUCUUUGUGGAAUGUUUAGUCUUGUGUUCCUUACGAAUCCUUGUGAAUAUUUGAAACCGUACAGUCUCCGACCAACCAGUUACUGUGUAGAAUUACAAUAAAUACAUUGUAUAUCAUUCUCCUCUAAUAUUCUCAUUUGUUUAGGUAUUCAAGCUUCUGGGUAGCCGGGAGUCCCUGGAACAGAUAGUUGUGGCCACUCCAGGCCUGAGCUCUGACUCUGUGGCUAUGGGUGAGUAGGAUCAUUAAAGGAGGGAGACAAGUCAUGACUUGUGUAGGUUAGGAUGAAAUCUCACUGGGAAAACAGAAUGAGAACUGUCACAUGAAACCAUGGGUAAAAAAAUAGCAGAUGAAAGAAAUGAAAUAGGGGAUUUCACAGAACAUGUGGUUGUGGGUUUGAGGAUCAAUGGCAGCCUAUGCCGUCAUAAAAAUAUAUUCUUUAAAGGGAUUCUCUAGGUUAAAAGUGACCAGCAUGUGUUUCAAACAUAUGCAAAAAUAUUUAUACUUUAAAUAAAUAAGAUGCUAAACUUAAACAUAGCUAAAACUGCUGCAGGCCAGGACAAGGGAGUGUUUGUUAGUGGCUGGCAGCAAUUCUGUUUAUAGGAUGAUUGGAACUGCUAGAUAAGCUUAUAUCAGUCUUUAUUUGGUCUUUAAGGGGUUAAGAAAGCUUGGGAUAUGUGCCAACUAAAUAUCAAUAUCUUAGUCACUUUCCCCUUCUACAGGCGUUCUACAGGAUAAAGAUCUCUUCACUGUAUUUACUGACCCCACUAUGCUGGAUACGUAAGUGUAACCCUUAAAGUGUCAAUCUGUGAAAGACCUGCAGAAAGUUUUCUGAACUAUUUUACCCCCUACCCCCCAAAAAAAAAGUAAUUCUGGAACACUUGCUGUCAUGUUUCUCCCUACUAGGCUGGUCACCUCUCAUCCUGCUCUAGUUAAUGCAAUCAUAUUGAUUCUACACUCUGUCAGCGGCUCUUCUACUUUGCCAACACCAGAUUCCUCCGCACACACGGUCCCCCCUGCCACCCUGCACAUGCCAGGUAAGAAACUCAGAACCGUUGUUUGGACAGCCAGCGCACCCUGUAUGUCUCUAGUUUGUGUUCCUUCUCCUCUUGCCUGCUAUAUAUGGUCUUCCUGUAUCUACAUCCCUUUUCUUUUGUCAUAUACACUUUAUUAUUUACCUUUAAUUCUUUUGUAUGACUGUCAUACAUUGUCAUCAACCUUUUAAAAUAUAUACAAUAUAACAAAAACCCCACUUCUUCAUAAAAAUCUAAGAAUAGAUUAACUUUCCUCCUUCUAGUUCUGCCUCCCACUGUCUGAGCUAACUUUACUAAACCUUUUUACUCUAAGCUUACACGUGACUAAUAAUAUUGCCUAUAUAUAAAGUGUUUUAUUAAAAUGUCCCGUUCCUCCUGGUUAACUACAUGUGGCCUUUGUAUUACAAGACAUUUGAGCAGAGCUCUUUUCUCAUUUUGCUUGUCCGGGUUAUUCACUAGAUUGGGAAUUGUUGGGAAUUCAAACUCCAAAAACCGAAUAGGUGAAAGUCUCCAAAUUAUUUCAGUUUGACUAAAUUCAUUUUGAAUUUACUUUAAACUACUGACAAUCCGCACCUCAAUUCAUAACCCCAUGUAUUUUUGCAUUGAACAAUUAGUUUUACGAUUUGUUGAUCUGAAAUAAUUGGAAUGCUAAUGUUUUCCCCCCUCCAGGUGGGUUCCUCUUUGAUGGUCUUUCAGAUGAUGAGGAUGAUUUUCCUCAGGUAAAACCUAUUUAAUUGAAUCAUCCUAAAUUGAAAUGCUGUCUUGCAAAGCUGGCAAAUAAUUAUGGUUUUAUGUUUGCAGUUGGUUUUAAUACCAACAGGAGGAAUAUGGGUUUCUUAUAAUUACAUAGGCUGAAAAGAGUCAUGUGUCCAUCAAGUUCAGCCUUCCUCACAUUACGGACCAAGAAGUUUUUUCUCUAAAUUUGGAGAGUAGACAAACAAAUUGCUAAUUUUAGGAUAAAAGUGUGCCAAUCUGAAAACAGAAAAGCUGGGUUGGAGAAUGUUUUAGAUGAACUAAACAAUAUCUUGUGGUGUAAGUUGUUUGUCUUUAACUGUAAGUGUUUGUGAAUCUUUACUUCCUGCAUUAAAGCGGAACUGUUUUUACCCUUUUUACGGUUAUCGUUUUGCUGUAUAUAGCAGUGUAAUGUGUUUACUGGCAUGGAAUAGCAUUAAUCAUUAACAUCCAUUAUAUCUCUGCUGCCUAUACUGAUUAGGAUAUCCUGCUUGAUUUCUAUUAGGUUUACAAGGAUAUGUGGAAAUUAACAUAGAAACAUAGAAUGUGACGGCAGAUAAGAACCAUUCGGCCCAUCGAGUCUGCCCAAUUUUCUAAAUACUUUCAUUAGUCCCUGGCCUUAUCUUAUAGCUAGGAAAGCCUUAUGCCUAUCCCACGCAUGCUUAAACUCCUUAAUUAAAAGUUAAAUUGUGCCCUCAAACUGGUUCCCUCUUGAAAUCAUUAUAGAAUGGAUUGGAAGUGCAAAAUAUAGUCGAAUUAAUUUAUAUCAGAUGCAAUCUUUAGCCGUUUUGUGGUGGUAUCGCACCCCAAUAAACCUGGAAGGGGCUAACACCGUGACCAAAUUUUUGUUGCGGACAACAAGCAGUCGGGAACUUCCAUAACUGGUGGGCUUUCUGGUCUUAUGUCAAUGAGGUUGUGACUGAGAUCAACAGCGAUGACCUGGUGUUUCAGGCUGACUUUUUGCUCCUUUUUCAAACCCCUACCUCCAUAAUGGACUUCAAAUGUUCCAUGGGCUGUUGUCUGGUGUUAGCAGUCAGAUAUCUGGUAGAGCUCCACUGCCACUCUGGUUGGGUGUCCUCCUACAGGGUGUUUGUGGACAAGGUGGAGAUGCUGCAGAUACUGGAGAAAUCAAUAGCUGCCCUAAUGGAUGAGAGACACCAUUGCACUGCUUACAUUCCUAAAUGUGCCUUACCUGGACUUCUUCUUGGGGAUUCUCUUGUUCCUAUUACUUUUUUAUUUAUUUUACAAAGCUCCUCCCCCGCCCCACACACCUCCUCUGAUUCUUCUUGCCCUGACCAACGCAGCAAGUCAAAUCCUUUAGAUGUCCACAUUCCGACUGGACAACUUUACAACUUUUACUUUUUACCAAUUAUAUUGAUUCUACUUAUUAGUUUUUUGCCUAUUAUAAUGUAAUUAUACAUGUAUUUUGUUUUAUUAAUUUGGUGUCCUCCCUCUUUCCUUAAAAAAAAAAAAUCCAUUGUAUCUGUUUAGUCUCUAUAUUUAAAUUUUGAAGUGGUACACUACAGGAGUUCUUUGCAGUCUGUAAGAACAGCUUGCUAUGUCCUUGGAUUCUACAGCUAAUCUGUAUAUCUGUACUUACUGUAUUUGCUCAUUUUGGUUACAUACAGAUAUAACAAUUACAUUUAGUUUGUAAGUUUAGGAAGCUUCAGUCCUGGAAAAAUACCCAUAAGAGGAAUUUUUGUUUAUUAUUGUCACAUUUUCUACACGUGACACUGCAAGAUAUGGUAUACAUUAUAAUCUGUAAAAUGGUUAUCCCUCAAUAUUUCUGUAAAAGAUGAAUGAAUAGAUAAAACAAAUAAAAUUGUAUGUAUAUUCAUAAUUUACAUUUUAAGUAUUCCCAAACAUUAGUCAAAUUUUAUUCAUUUUCUGCUGAUGGCAAUAACUUGCUAAUGAAGAGGUUAAAAAUAAUAAUUGUCUAUCGUUUAUAUCCUGUUUGCUUAUGUAAAACGAUUUCUGCUGAAUAGAGUUUUCAUUUUCCAGUCAGCUGUGCUCCUUCCUUCCCCAUCAAUCUGAAAACAUUAGCUAGGAUUAGAUGUAAAAGCUUUCGGAUGUAAUAGGAAGGAUCAUAUAGAUCAGCUAAUUUAAACGUUUGUUUCAGUUCUGCAGAAAUAAGUACUAUGUGGUUUGUAUCAAUCUUUAAUUUAAGUAGUUAUUCUUUUUUUUUGUUUUUCUGCUCUUACCUCUCAAGGCCUCCCGUUCUGGCCCUUCAAGUAGCACAUCAGGGUCUCGCCCAGCAUCUCUAGGAUAUACAGGGGCAGCAGGUCCUCGUCCCAUCACACAAAGUGAACUGGCCACAGCUCUUGCCCUUGCCAGCACCCCAGAGAGCAGUUCACAUACUCCAACACCGGGGACACAGGUCAGAGCAAUCCCUUUUAUUAUCUGAUAUUGUUCUCGAUAAUCCACUAUUAAACCUUUAUUAAAAGAUAUUCUGUAACAGAUGUGUUGUUUCUUCUAAUCUUAAACAAAUUAUUCAUCUCAUGCUUGCUGAUUCUCCUUUAGGGUCACUCCUCGGGGACAUCCCCAAUGUCAUCCAGUGUGCAAUCAGGAACACCAAUCACAAAUGACUUGUUCAGCCAAGCCCUCCAGCAUGCCCUACAAGCAUCAAGCCAAACUUCACUACAGGUGUGUUAUCGUGUAGAUUUGGUUACUUCAUGUAGAAACUCUGUGUCAGACGUUUUAUUUUUGUACUCAUGCACUAGGCAGGUGAAAUGAAACACGCAAAUAGCAAUGGGAAUGAUUUUGUCUGUUACAUGUACCUAUAUGCAUUGUAUUGAUUAUGGUGCAAUGACCUCUCUGUACUGAGAUGCAGUAUUUUUUUUGUUUUUUCUUUUAAGCUAAAAGCAAUAACUGGCUCCUCUCCCGUGCUUAAUAGCCUCACAAAGUAAAGCAGGUUUUUCAUAGAGUUCUGUUCUGAAAAUAGAUGUAAAGAUGUGAAAGGUGAACCCAAUGAAGUUGUUAUGGUGCCUGGAGGGUUCCUUUAAAGUACAGAUCAGGCAUUAGCUGCUUACCUCGGUUUGCAGAAAUUAGAUAUGAUAGCUCUUUGAGUAGAACAGAGCAGGAGUUUCUGAGACUUAUAGUUGAGCUUUCAUAAAUAGAACUGAACUACAACUCCUAUCAAACCUUCUGGUUCAUGAUGACGGAGAAAACAUAAUUAGUAGACACUGCGGAGGGAGAGUCAGAAAAGUAGCUGUACACUGGUACGUCACGCCUCCAAACAGUCCAAGAUUUGGCACGACCAUUACAGUCUCAGUGGCCCAUUCUGCUUUCCUAAGUUUGUUAACCACAGAAGAAUCACAUUUUAGAUGUUCUGUACACUCAACCCAGAGCAAAUCAAUAAUGUCCUGCACCUUUGCAGCCCUUGCCCCUGGGCCGGCUGCCUUUUUCAAGUUCAUGCCUCAAUUUAUAGAGAGUGUACUGGUACAAGGAGCAAGGAGUAGAUCUUUUAAAAUGAGGAAUAAUAGGACAGUGGAUAGAGUUGAGAAGAAUGGUGCAAACGUUUAAAUUGUAUUUGCAAACCAUACGAAAUUUGGCAUGUGAAUAACAAAUUAUUUGGGCCAAAAUCUUUAAAAUGCAUGAAUCCAGUUGCAUUGGCACCUGGUAUGUUACUUAAGGUUAUCCUUCUUCCUAAAACAUGAUUUAAGAUGUUAGCUAAGCUAACAGAAGCGGUUGUACUAUUUUAAAUGUACAGAUUUAGUAAAGAAGGGACCUGGAUUAUCUCAUGGCCCUUCUUUCUGAAGCCCGGCAUAGCUUCAAUCGGAAUAUUAAUCAUUAAAAAUGAAUGCUAUCACAUGUGUGGUCCUUGCAUUUUACUUUCUUUUUCCCUAUUUUUUCUUUUUUAUAUAUGCUUACCUUAUGAAUUCUACCCAUCUUAUCACAGCAGAUACAGCAUUUUUUGGUCUUGUAUUUUUUUAAUAUAAAGUUCACUCACACACAUGGAAUAUCAUUUUUUUUUUUUUUUUUAUUGUUGUAUAAAUAGCAUUGAAAAAAGUUUGAAAUGCUGCAGGAUACAAUGAGGUAUACUGGAAAUCUAUCCUUGGAGGAAUAGUAUUGUUAUGCGUAUUAACAUAUAUAUUGCGUGUACCUUAUCUUAAUAUCCUCGUACAUGUUGCUAUCAGCAAUACCAAUCUAGGCUUUUAAGAACCACAGAAUAGAAAUGUAUCUCGGUUUGAUACAUUGCAACCUUAAACUUAAACUUUACGUAAACAGUAAAGUUGAUAACAUAUUUUAUAAAUAUUGGGCAAUAAUAGUAGAAUUUGCUAAACAAAUAAAUCAAAUCUUCCGAUUCAUGGCUUUUUCCCCCCCUUUUUGUCUAUUCUUAUAUUUUUACAGUGCUGGUCAGCUUGCCACAUUUCACAAAUUGGUCUUGCUAAGUGUCUGUAAAACGUUUCAGAUUCCUGCAUCUAUAUGAAAGUAGCCAAUACAUCCUACAACUAAAUGUUGGCAUUGUUAAUACAAUUGUUUUUAUUCAUUUCUCCACCAGACCCAGUGGCAGGCACAGCUCCAACAGUUGCGUGACAUGGGCAUACGUGAUGAAGAGCUUAGCCUAAGGGCCUUACAGGCAACAGGGGGCGACAUACAAGCAGCCCUGGAGCUCAUCUUUGCUGGGGGUGCACUUUGAACUCACUGACGCUCUAACCAAUACCCUGCAACUCCAAGAAAUUCCGGUUUUAAGACCACUGACAAACUCUACAUUUCUGCUCACCAAACGGGACUGAAAUGGUUAUAUAAAACCCGUGACGCCAGUGAAGUCUUUUGACUCUAAUUUAUUUUGUGAACUUUAAAUAAAGAUUAACAAUAAACAAACACAAAAUAGAAGGACAUCUUUGUUAACAGAGACUAAUUUGUUACAUUCUGUAAGAACAUAUAAAAAAAUAAACUCCUUUUCAAAAAAAUUACAUUUGGAAUCUCAACAAUCAUUCUUUGUAAAAUGUCUAAAUGUCUUGCAGAGUUAUUACUUAUCGCUGACUUUUAGAAUAGAAGGAUAGCCAAACUGAGGAGCCAAAUCAGCGGAUUUGGGCAGUUUAUCUACCUUGGCUAGUUUUGCAAUUUUGACAUUCCAUAUUUAAUUCAUCAAUUUAGUAUUUAGUAAAUAACCCUGUUAGAAUCGCAUAUUCAGGACAUAUUAAAUACAAACGAACAACUAAAAAUGGCACUUGUUCAAAUGGAUUUUUAAAAUAAUUUUUUUUAUUUUUUUAUAUAAAGCUGUAUACCCAGGUUAACUGUUUACCCCAUGAGAUAAACCCACAUUUGUGGUGUAUAUUCACUCAAUUUGAUAAGGGUGGAGAAAGAAUUAGAGGUUUGUGUUUUUAGUCUAAAAAAAGCCCAGGAUUUGUUACUAUUGUUUGUACUCGCUGUUUUAUUACUAAUUAAUAAGUCUGUUGUUUCGGACUA